AAUGUUUUGGUUUAUCUUGGGGUGAAGUUGUUAAAUUACUCCCGCCAAACUCUAAAACCCUAAAUAACGGCUUGGGUUCGUUUCCUUGAAAUUCAGAUUACGGUUAGCAACGCAGCCCUGCCCGAGAUACCCAAUAGUCUCUGAAUAGGGAACAUGGAGAAUUGGGAGAUCGUGCACGUGCCAGACAAUCCCCCAAUCCCUCCUGACCAACAGCCCACAGUGGAUGUGAUUGCUUCAUUUGUAGACCCAAAAGUUGCCAACACUCUUGUAAGGCGUCUAAACCAAAUAGCACAACUGGAAAAUCUAAGGCACGUGAAGCGGGUCAAGAAGAAAUUUGUUGAAGGAGGAAGGACUCAGUUAUCCGUGAUCUUAUGUUUAGCUUCUGAAAUUGGUAAUCCGUUGGAGAGCAUACCCCACGAUGUACAGGAGCUUAUGAAUUCCUACCAGUUGAGUCCUUUUAUCACAAAAGUCUGCAAGUAUGCAGCAUUAUCAAAAGAAGAGUGGGAGGAACAAUGCAAGCUAUGGCCAACAUCUUAUCAUCCACCAACCUAUAAUAUCGAUGGCAUUACUGGAUUCAGUGAAGAGGACUCACAGUCAGUGUUUGGCUUUAUGAAAUAUGCUAUUCAGUUGGCGAAGUCUGGUGAUAAAAUGGUAGUCAAUGCUGCAGUUAUAGUAGAUCCUUCAGUUAAACAGGUAAUUACUACUGCAUGUGAUCAAACUUGCCCUUGGUAUACUCCUGCGAACAACACCACCCUUGAAACAUACUGCUUUGAAAAGACAGAAGCUUCUGUUUCCCAGAGCCAAUCAGAUGGAGUAUUCAGCUAUGAAACUCUGCAUUCAAACAGUUUGCCACAUUUUCCAAAACAAUUAAAUACUGGUGUUUGUUGUUUAUAUCCAUGGGGAUGGGCUGAGCAACAAUCAGACACUAAUUCCUGCUCUUGGCACCCUUUACGUCAUGCUGCUAUUGUUGCUAUUGAAUCUUCUGCUGCCAGGGACAUACAUCUUUUCCCCAGUUUGGGGAAAAUCCAAGAUAAGUAUGCUGAAACGGAGCACAUACACUCUUCUUCUGUAGGCUCUCCAGCCAAAAGACAAAAGACCCAUUCUACAAAAGUUAAUGAUGAGGCUCAUCUGGACAGUAAUGAUGAAGGUUCCAGUUCUUUAUCAGUGAGACCUUAUCUAUGUACAGGUUUUGACAUUUACCUUGCUUGGGAGCCCUGCAUAAUGUGUGCAAUGGCACUUGUGCAUCAAAGAAUUAGGCGCAUAUUCUUUGCUUUUCCGAACCCAAAUGCAGGGGCAUUGGGCACUGUUCACAGACUACAAGGGGAAAGAAGCUUAAACCAUCACUAUGCUGUAUUUAGGGUCUUGGUUCCUGAAGAAGUCCUUAGUAGGGAUGAAACUGCGGCUGCUGAGUACAACUGACAGUGACUGAGUGACUGACUGUCAAACAGACUGGAUGAGCUGCUGAGCAUAUCCUUGAGAAGCUCCAUUUACAUGAAUUCCAGUUCACACUUUUCCUUUGUUCUUACUUCUGUAACUCUAUGAACAGUAAAAUACAUAGUUUUCAAUUUUGGGUUUGGUUAUCUUGAACUGAUUUGCAUUAGUACGGAUGUGAAAUUUUGGGUUGUAUGAGAUGCGCAAGCAUCGCCAUUAGAGUUCAUUUUGCCUGUACAGUUGAACUGUGCCCUUAAUCAAGAUAAUGGGACAUCUCUCUUUGCUGUUCA